UUGGCUAUAAUGGCAAAUGAAGACAUUAAUGAAGAUUAUCCAGUAGAAAUUCAUGAGUAUUUAUCUACAUUUGAGAACUCCAUUGGUGCUGUGGAUGAGAUGCUGAAGACCAUGAUGUCUGUUUCUAGAAAUGAGUUGUUACAGAAGUUGGACCCACUUGAACAAGCAAAAGUGGAUUUAGUUUCUGCAUACACCUUAAAUUCAAUGUUUUGGGUUUAUUUGGCAACUCAAGGAGUUAAUCCUAAGGAACAUCCAGUAAAGCAAGAAUUGGAAAGAAUCAGAGUAUACAUGAACAGAGUCAAAGAAAUAACAGACAAGAAAAAGGCUGCCAAGCUGGACAGAGGUGCAGCUUCAAGAUUUGUAAAAAAUGCCCUCUGGGAACCAAAACCUAAAAAGGCAUCGAAAGUUGCUAAUAAAGGAAAAAGUAAAAAUUAACCUUUUGGAUUUGAUGCAUCCAUAUUCAAAAGUGCAUCAUUUAUUGUUUUCACAAAAUAGAUUAUGUGGCAAUGUAAGAUUUAAAUGUAUUCCUGUUUGAAUUCACAUAUAUAUAUAUUUUAAAUUAAAUUUAUAAUGUUAAGUAUUUUUUCCCUGAGAAAGAUUAAGUUGUCUUUAUUGAUUUUUCUAUAGAGCACCAUGAAGUUUUAAACAUUGUGAUAUAUUUAUAGUUUAUCAUCUCCUUUGAUGAGACAUUUACUUCCUUAUAUAGGUCAAUCUUGGGAGUACCAAUUUAUAAGCAACUGUGAAAUUUAAGUUAAAUGUUCUUUGUAAACAUUUGUAGUGUUUUAAGUGACUUUAAGAAAUAAUGCUGUCUGUAGGCUGAAGUUAUAGUACAUCUGUUUUCACUAUGUAAUGAGAUGACUUAAAUGUCCACUUUUUUCCUAUGUAGUUCAUUCAUCAUGUUUUCAUAUUUUUAGGAAUUACUGCUUUCUUGGUGUUCAAAGUGUGAAAUUAAAAUUUUAAGGUUGUACUUUAAUUCCUGGCAUGUUGCCUAUAUGUCUCAUUUAAAAUAAAAUAUAUUCUCAUUAACUUUAGAUGGGAAAUAAGGUUGUAUGUUGAUGGCUGAAUUUGGCCUGAUAUCCUCUUAAUAAAGA